AUGGACGGCAACACAGACACUAGUAGUGUCGAACUCAAGCUAUCCAGUAAGCAGAACGUUCUUGGUACCGCAACAAGUCCAAGCGCAGAGAAACGUCCGUUCAGAGUCCAGCACCACCAUCAGUCAAGAGCCCCGUUUGCGCCUGUUGACACUGCUGGCCAGUACAGCCAUUCUUCCGCGGCCACUGCUUCGGACCUCCCUUCCGGCUUUUAUCCUUCCUGCACCCUCAAUCGUCACAAGAACAGCAAGGUCCAUCAAGCGUACCCGGAGCGCCGCCCGUUCUGCAUACGAGGCCCUUUCAAUUGGAUCUCUUUCAGCAACUUGGACCCCUUUCAAGACCUGACUACACCUCGCACCAUCCCCCCACCACCAGCUGCACACUCUCUCGGACACCAACGUCGAUCCAAACUGGCAGGUCCAAAGCGCAUCGACUUUGCGCCCCAGAAUAACACCAUGACGGACAACAAACGAGCGUCGAUCGAGGCUCCGGGCACGCCGUGGAGCUAUGCCACUCCGGUCACGCCUGAGCUUGCCGACCAGGUCGACACCACUGCAAGCACGCCCACGCUCCCGCACUUCCUACAGUCGCAGAAGUUCGAGGAGAGCAACGACACUAGCGCUUCGUUUACGCACGCGCACGAAAGCGAGCCGCAACCUGGACCGACGCAAGCCGAGGCGCCCAGUGGCGGUGAGCAGGAGGGCCACACGGUCAAGAAGGAUCUGCGGUUCUGGAUGAUCUUCGGUGCGCUGCUGCUCAUCUCGCUGAUCGCUGCGCUCGACAUGACCAUGAUCAGCACGGCUCUGCCUGCCAUCGCCGCCGACCUGCCCGCUUCCAGCAUCGCGGCCAACUGGGUCACGUCGGCUUUCUUGCUACCCAUGACGGCCUCGCAGCCCAUCUUUGGCGGCCUGUCGUGCUCGAUCGGACGCAAGUGGGCGAUGAACUCGGCGCUCAUCAUCUUCCUGGUAGGCAGCGUGGUGUGUGCUACCGCCAAGACAUUCUUGGUGCUCGUCGUGGGGCGAGGCAUCCAGGGAUUAGGCGGUGGUGGCAUCCACUCGUGCUGCGAGAUCAUCAUGUCGGAUCUGACCACGUUGAGGGAGCGCGGGCUGUUUUUCGGAAUGAUUGCCGUCGUCUUUGCUCUGGCUGGCUUCACCGCGCCCGUGCUUGGUGGCGUGUUUAGCGAACACAGCUGGCCGUGGAUCUUUUGGAUCAACCUGCCCCUUGGCGCUGCAGCGCUGGUGAUCCUGUUUCUCUUCCUGGACAUCAGGGUGCCGCUCUUGACGGGCCGCGAAAAGUGGCAGAAGCUCGACCUGGUCGGCAAUGCGGUCUUGUUUGGUUCGGUCACGUCGAUCCUCAUCGCGGUCACCGAGGGCGGGGUCAAGUACCACUGGUCGUCGCCGCGCGUCUGGGUGCCUCUGCUCGUGGGUGUUCUCGGGAUGGGCCUGUUCUGCGCGAUCGAGUGGGUGCCCAACCGGCUGUCAAGAAAGCCCGUGUUCCCGCUCGAGCUCUUUUCGAACCGCACCUCGGCAUUUGCCUACCUGCAGACGUUUGUCCACGGCCUGAUCUACUACGGCGUCAUCUACAUGAUCCCGAUCUACUUUCAGUCGAUCAAGGACCGCACGCCGCUGCAGUCGGCGGUGUGGACGUUCCCGCUCAACGCGCCCUCGUUCCCGCUGGCCAUGAUCGCGGGUGCCGCCAUCUCGCUCACGGGCAAGUUCAAGGCGCUGAUCUUCAUCGGCUGGAUCUUUGUUGCUGCCGGUGUGGGCUGGAUGACACGCUGGGACGUGGGCACGUCCAAGGCUGAAUGGGCCAUUUCCCAGAUGAUCGGUGGUGCGGGCCUGGGCAUUCUGUUCCCGAUUACCUUACCGCCCAUCCAGGCGGCGCUGCCGGCGUCGAGGCUCGAGAGCGCCACUGCAGCGUACGCGUUCACUCGCACCUUUGGCGCUGUGUGGGGCAUCACGGCUGCCACCACCAUCUUCUCCACCCAGGCCGUCAAGGGUCUCAGGCCGUACUAUGCGCAACUCAACCCGCUUGGGCUCAACGAUUUCACCGUCGUCGCUUACUCGGAGAGCCUGCGCCACCUGCCGCAGCCGCUGCAGCAUUUGGUCAAGGGCAUCUAUUCCAAAGCCAUCUCGGACUCGUUCUGGCUGUUUGUCCCGCUGGCGAUCAUCGGCUUUUUCACCACGUUUGCCAUCAAGGAGCUGCCGCUGCCGGACUUUAUCAAGUCGGAAGCCAAGCUGGAGCAGAAGGAGGACGCCAUCCCGGCUUUGGCGCACGGGGCUGAGACCGCAGCGGUCGGGUUCAAGGCCGAGGUGCCCUCGACCAUGCCUUGA